GGCCUGUUUAUACGAAACCAUCCCCAUAAAGAUUGCAGAGUGUUGUGGCAGCCGCACGUGGUUGCUGUGAUGUUUUAUAUCUGAGAUGAGGUCAGCCGUACAGCCGUACAGCCAUUAAAGUGAAAGAAGACCAGACCUUUCCAAGGAAGUCCUGUAAUGGCCCCUACAUUGUAUGAUGAGAAACCAGAGCCGGGGGACUUGAUCGAGAUCUUCCGGGGCUCUUAUCAGCACUGGGCAGUGUAUGUUGGCGAUGGCUUUGUUGUUCACUUGGCACCACCCAGUGAGGUCCCAGGUGCAGGUGCCAGCAGCGUGAUGUCCGUCCUGACAGAGAAGGCCAUGGUGAAGAAGGAGGAGCUCUGGGAUGUAGUGGGAAUCAACCAGUGGAAAAUCAACAACUGUCUUGACAAUGAGUACUCGCCCCGGCCAGUUCACAUCAUUUUGAGGGAUGCCGGUGAGCUGGUGGGUCAGGAGCUGCCGUACUGCGUCUUCAGGGGGAACUGCGAACACUUUGCCAACGAGCUGCGUUAUGGAAAAGCCGAGUCCCGGCAGGUGCGCAAGGCAGGAGAGGUAGUCAUGGUCGCAGGCGCUGCUGCAGCUGUGGGCUUUGGUAUCCUGGCUUUGGCAUCAGCUCUGUUCGGACGCAGCAAGAAGGAAAACAAGAGCGACCAGUGAUUGCAGUCCACAGUGGCCUCAUCGGGGGCUUGAUUAACAGAUCACCAGCAAGCACUAACAGCCACUCCUCGUGAUUAAUCACAGAUACCACUGCCUAGAUAACAUUCUAAUGUCAUUCUAAUGUCAUUCUAAUGUCAUUCUAAUGUCAUUCUAAUGUGUGGUUUUGACAGGAAAUUGGGGUUGUUCCUGCCCCGUCUACUCUGUCCCUCAUUGGUUUAAUAGAUUGUGUGUUUGGAAUCAUUUUUCAUUUUAGGGUCUUUUGUAAAGAAAAUGGUUACAGACAGCACAAAGCCAACAAAUGAUGUUUUUACUAAUAAACAUACCCAGAUGAAGUUUUAAAUGUUUUUUUCUAUUAAAUUAAGAGAUUUUAAAUUAUGUCAAAGGGGGAGUUUCAAUGUAUAAAGAUUUGAAACAAACAUAUAUAUAUAUAUAUAUAUAUAUAUAUAUAUAUAUAAAUACAUACACACAUAUAUAUAUACAAAAAGGUUGAUUAUAACUGCAUAAACUCAUAAUCAGCUGGGUCAAUUUUGAUUUCAGAACAUAAUCUAUAUAAACAAACACCUAAUAAGCUGAUCAACAGUCAGUUAUCAUACUGAUUAUUUAUGAUGAAAGUGUUUCUACAACUCAACAAAAUAAACUGUUUUACUAUUUUGUCUUCUGACAUUUAGUAAUUUGUAAAUGUUUCAAAUAAACUUAUGGAAAUCUUGA